CUUUCACACGUCACGCUUCGCGCCCGUCACGGCUCGCCUGCACGCGCAAUGGAGUCGUCGCGCGUCUUUGUGCGCGGCCUGCCGCCCAAGUACACCGACGCAGACGUCCGGAAGCACUUCGCCGCAUUCCCCGUAACCGAUCUCAAGUGGAUACCGCAUCGCAGAAUUGCCUUCAUAGGCUACCGCAGCUCCGAGGAUGCGCUCAAGGCCGUCAAACACUUCAACAAGUCCUUCGUCGGCAUGGCCAAGAUACACGUCGAGAUAGCAAAAUCCUUCACCGACCAAGACCUCCCCACGUCGCGACGACAGCGGAAAGCAGAGCAACGCGCGCCUAGAGAUGACUUCAUCCCGCUGCCGAAGGAAAACGCACUGAAGCGGAAGAGGGACGAGGCAGAGCAGGAUCCGAAGCUCAAGGAGUUCCUCGAUGUAAUGCAACCGCCCUCAAAAACGAAGGUCUGGGCAAACGAGGGGGCACAACUUGGUCCUACGACCGCACUUGCGGUGCAGCCGGUAGAAGAGGUGGCGGUUCCGGACGGCGAGACCGACGACGAAUACCAGGAUAUCACAAAGAAGGCCAAGACUGCGCAGCGGCAGCCGGCACCCGAGGCACGCCCGUCAGCGAAUACCCCAGAAAAGCAAACAGAAGCCGAUGAAGAGAAGGAUGAGGAACAUGGCGUAGAAGAGCACGCGGAAGCGGCGGCGGAGGACCAAGGCCCUGUGUCUGAUGCCGACUGGCUGAGGUCCCGCACAAACCGUGUCCUGGAUCUGGUCGAAGAUGACGAUCCUCCGGGACAAGACCCAAAAGUUGACGAGGAGAUGGAGGACGCCCCGAACGUCGUAGAAGCGCCGCUCGAAGCCCCCAAGACUGCGGAUAGGAAGGCUGCGGACAGCGCACCGUCGGAGGAGGAUAAGAUUCGCCAGACCGGCCGACUCUACCUCCGAAAUCUCCAUUACGAAGUCACCGAGGAUGACAUCCGUGAGCGUUUUGAUAAAUACGGCUCACUAGAAGAGGUGCACAUCCCACAGAAAAAAGCCGACGGCAAGGGCAAAGGCUUUGCGUUCCUGCAGUACGGUGAACCUGAGCACGCGGUCGAGGCAUUUUCGCAAAAUGAUGGGACCAUCUUUCAGGGACGGUUGCUCCAUAUCAUUCCAGCGACUUCAAAACGAGAAACCAUGGAUGACUAUGAAAUUUCGAAACUCCCUUUGAAGAAACAACGCGAAGUGAGAAGGAAGAUGGAAGCUGGGAAGGCCACCUUCAACUGGAACUCGCUGUAUCUCAACGCCGACGCGGUCAUGUCUACUGUGGCGGAUCGCAUGGGGAUCACGAAAGGCGAACUCCUGGAUCCAUCCUCUUCCGACGCCGCUGUCAAGCAAGCUUUAGCGGAAACACAUCUCAUCCAAGAGACCAAAGCCUAUUUCGCUUCACAUGGUGUCGACCUAGAGGCUUUCAAGAGAAGUUCCCGAGGGGACACCGCUCUUCUCGUGAAGAAUCUCCCAGCUUCGACGAUCCCGGGGGAGGUGCGGAAAUUGUUUGAAGAGCAUGGCACCAUCAAGAGAUUCAUCAUGCCUCCAACAGGACUGACCGCCAUUGUGGAAUUCGAUAACUCUACACAGGCGAAGUCAGCGCUCUCGUCGCUGGCCUACCGCAAAAUUCAAGGGUCGAUAUUGUAUCUGGAGAAAGCACCCAAGGACCUGUUCUCUGGCCAACCUACAAUUGCUCUCCAGACGGCAGCCCCAACUAAGCCAGGUGCGAAGAUCUCCGCUCAAGAUCUGUUAGAGGAGUCAACGGCAGAGUCGACUAGCACGGCUACGCUGCAUGUAAAGAAUUUGAAUUUCUCCACGACGACCGCGAAGCUAAACGAGACUUUUGCACCACUCGCUGGGUUCCGAAGCGCAGUUGUGAGGACCAAGGUCGAUCCUAAGCGAGGCGUGCUCUCGAUGGGCUUUGGUUUCCUCGAGUUCGAUGGUGCUGAAGCGGCCGAUGCAGCAUUAAAGGCCAUGCAGGGCUAUAUGCUUGAAGGUCAUUCAUUGAAGAUCCAAGCCUCUCGCAAGGGCGCGGAAGAGCGCGGAAAUGCCGACGCAGCGAAGAAGGCCGCCGGCACCAAGAUUCUCAUCAAGAAUCUGCCUUUCGAAGCCACCAAGAAAGAUGUUCGCGCGUUAUUUAGCCCGUACGGCACCUUGCGUUCUGUUCGGGUCCCUCGCAAAUUUGACUCCAAGUCGCGAGGGUUUGCUUUCGCAGAAUUUGCGACCCAGAGAGAUGCUUCUAACGCCAUGAACGCUCUCUCUAAUACUCAUUUGCUGGGCCGACGUCUUGUGUUAUCCUUCGCCGAGUCCGAGUCGGAGGAUCCGGAGAAGGAGUUGGAGAAGAUGCAGCAGAAGGUUGGGUCACAGGCCAACAAAGUCGCCCUCCAGAAGCUCACGUCAGGCGGGCGCAAAAAGUUUAACGUUGCAGGCACCGACGAUCUAGACGAAGCUUGACCGGCAAGCGUGUCCAGGUAAAAUUCGCGUCGCGACACCAUCGUGUCCCUUGGGCAGCCCCUUGCUGUUCUGACUAAGGACGCGAGGCUGCCAACGCCCACCCUUUCACCUAUAUUAAGACAUUGGCGUCACGCCCCCUUGGCACACGAUCUUACAAUCUCCACUACCCGCGACAGGAGAUUUUGCUGCCUACACGGGACUGAAUCAAGCGCAUGGCCACUACACCGCGUUUGCUGCCUUGCUCCCUAUGUCUUAGACGCGAAAAACAUUCGUCGAUCUCACACGCUCGCAAGCCACGCUUGUAACGUAAUUACUUGUUUACGACUGCUGACAUUCUUCAACCUCAGAGCAUUCCCGUGUCUCGCCUCCCUCGCACAAGAUACGUGAGCGGGCUCGCUCCAAUCGGAUGAUUU